UGGAAGGAAAGAGAAAAACCAAUUAUCAACAAGGAGUAGAGAAGAGAGCAGAGGGCUGCCCAAAUCCCAUAACAGGGCGAUUUUCAUUCCUUUACCAAAAAUCAUGGCGGAUAAAGGUCGACCAUUGCCUAAGUUCGGUGAAUGGGAUGUCAAUGAUCCAGCAUCAGCCGAGGGGUUUACAGUUAUCUUCAACAAGGCUCGGGAUGAGAAAAAGACAGGUGGGAAGGUUGAGUCUCUAGGGACUAAUGAUCCCGCAUGCAAGCAAGAUGCUGCUUCUGGAAAGCCGCAACAGAAAAAAUGGUUUUGCUGUGUACGAGCUACUCAUGCAGAUUAAGUAGAUAGCUCCGCCAAGAGAGAUCAUUAAAAUAUCUACACCAAGUCCUUGCCCCUUCCGAAGUAAUCCAGAAGACCGGAGCGGCAUCGUAAGCUAUGAUAGGUCCUGCUGGAACCGGUUUCGCUUGCUUGUUGGAGCUUUGGCGAUGGAAAAACAAUGUUUCCAAGUUUAUGUGAGCUUGUUACCACUGCAGUUUUGAUGCCUGCUUUAUUAAAAUACUUGAUUUGAUGCC